UAUUGACGAGUGCUCUGCCCACAUCGGGAUCUGCGGCCCUGGGACUUGCUACAACACCCUGGGCAACUACACCUGCGUGUGCCCCCCUGAGUACAUGCAGGUCAACGGAGGAAACAACUGCAUGGACAUGAGGAAGAGCGUGUGCUACCGCAACUACAACGACACCUGUGAGAACGAGCUCGCCUUCAACAUGACCAAGAAGAUGUGCUGCUGCUCCUACAACAUCGGCAAGGCCUGGAACAAGCCCUGCGAGCCCUGCCCCACCCCUGCCAGCCCCGAGUACCAGAUCCUUUGUGGGAACCAGGCCCCUGGCUUUAUCAUCGACAUUCACACGGGGAAGCCAAUCGGUGAGUACUGCUGGGGCCCUCGCAGAGCUGCUGCCUUUGCCCACACACACUGCCAGCCCCAGUCCUGCUCCUGCCCCUUCCCCUGCUCCCCAGCUCGGGUCUUCUGCUCAUUGCCUGCUUUCCCCUCCUUUGUGUGCGUGAGGCUGGAGGCAAGGAGAAGCAGGAGGGGAGUGAGAAGGCCCAAACAGGGCCUAGGCCUUGCAGUGGGGGGACUAAGGGCAUCACCGUGUGGCUGCGUGUGCACAUGGACGCUGCUUACAGAGAUCCCUGGGGUUUUGUGUGUGCCCCGUGCUGGCUCAGCUUCGCUCAGCUCGAUUCUAUUCUUAACCCUCCCUCAUCACCAGAGUAUCUAAGCACCAUCCACGACAUCAUUAAGUGACAAGACUCACGUGUCCCAUGUGGUUCCUUCUCGCUCUCUUCCUCUCCCCAGGGUAGAAUCGUGUGUGCAGUGCAGUCUCUGUUUUGGUAGGGUUUUUUUUAUCA